AGCAUAAGCUUUCUGCAGUUUAUGCUUCUGUGAAAAUAUUAUUAUUGUUUUUAUUUUGCACUUGCCGAAAAUAUUUGGUUUAAAAAAUUAUAAAUAAUCCCUGCUAGGUGUCUAAAAUACUCCCAGGAGCAUGACGCUGGCGACUGCCCUGCUGAGACCCUCGAUUAGCUGGCGGAGUAGGGGUGCAGUGUGGUUGAUGCUGCAGAGUCACGCGCGAGGGUAUGCCACGCCGGCUCCGAAGCAAUCAGAAUCCUCCUUGUCCACAGCUAAGUCUCGUGCGGAGGUUUCUGCGGAUGUUAAGCCCAUCGGGGAGAGGAUAAAGGAGAACACGAAGACUGCCAGCUACACGGGGGUCAUUGUGUUGGGUAUUGGUGUCACCGGGUUCCUCUUCUACACGGUCUUCCGUGAGUUGUUUUCCUCCUCGAGUGCCAAUAGUGUCUAUUCGGCUGCCCUGGAGAAGUGCAUCAAUGACCCACGAGUUCAGGACGCCCUGGGGGCUCCCAUUAAGGGUUACGGCGAAGAGACGAGCCGCAGGAGGCGCAGACAUGUGGCACAUUCCGUAUACCAGAAGGACGGCGUCAAUCACAUGCGAAUGCAAUUCUACAUCCAAGGCAUCCGGAACAAGGCCACAGUUCACUUGGAAAUGAAGGAAAACUCUGCUGGAAGCUAUGACUAUAGGUAUAUUUUUGUCCAGCUUGAUCACUACCCAAAGACAACCAUUAUCCUCGAGGACAAUCGUGGGCAGGAUCCCCAGAAAAAUGCUCCACUGCCAAGUUUGUACUGAUGAAAAUGCUUUUAUUUAGAACUCAAAGUAAUUCAAAAAUAAAAAUUUUUAAAUUAAUUUUAAA